AUGGCCUUGUUCGCUACCGUCCUCGGACAAUUGCUGCUGGGUGCAGCUGCCAGCUCUAUGUAUUUGGAGUCCAUGUGCCGCGGCCAGAUCUGCGAAACUCCCCAACAUCCGAUGCUAGACUACGAUCCAGACGAGAAGAAGUGCGUGUGCCGGUCACACCCGUGCUGGGACGACAGUGGGCUUAUCCACAGUUGUCCAGAUGCCGCGAUGCCAUACCUUGUGUUUCACUACGACCAGGAUCUGAAGCUGAAGUGUGAGUGUGCGACGCAUCCAUUCUUCCAAAGCGUCUAUUUGAGCAAGCACUUGUGCAAAGAUCAGUUUUGCCGGGACGAGAAAUUUCCGAUCCUGGACUACAACGACAGCACCAAGGAGUGCUUCUGCAGAGCGCAUCCCUGUUGGGACAUGGAUGGCCAGACGCAUUCUUGCCCGAAUGACGACUUCCCUGUCUUGCGAUACCGCGAAGACAAGGAUGAGAAGACCGGCGAGACGAAGACGGUCUGCGACUGUGUUAAGAAGAUGGUCCCGCCCAAGGGUCAGCCACAGACGCUGCACCAACGACAACGCGCGGAGCGAGAGAAACGGUACUGGACCUCGAACGUGCAGAAGAAAGCCACCCUCGAGUUCACUCGUGACCGCAAGUCCAUGAGCGUGCUUUGUUCCGAGGCUUGUGGCAAGAUGCUCUACGUCAAGGGAGCUCCGGAGAGCAUUCUCCUCCCCGGGGGCCCUGUGGAGCUUUCUGCAGCCGGACGUCAGGCUAUUCGCAGCAGCUUCGCCGCCUUAGCCUCCGAGGCUCUGCGCACCCUGGCCUUGGCACAGCGAUCCAGUUCCGAGGACAUUCUCUCCUCGCAGCUGCUCCGAGAUCCUGCCAACUUCGUCCAGCUCAAGCAACCGUUUGUUGUGCAGAGCUUUCACUCCACCUGCCAUGGCGGCCUGCCUGCGGCAAAGAAUCGUGGCCAGAAUGCACGGCAGGUCAACCUGCUUCACCGCCCUCUGGCUGUUUUCAAUGCCGUGAGGCACAUCUCCAGGGAAAGAUACAGCAAGUUGCACCAAGAGUCGAUUGCAAAUCCAGAAGGGUUUUGGUCGCGAGCUGCAGCGGAAGUCUCUUGGUCCAAACCAUGGAGUGCCGUUCUCGACAGCAGCAAUCCGCCAUUCUAUCGCUGGUUUCCAGGAGCCCAGCUGAACAUGUGCUACAAUGCCGUCGACAGGCAUGUUGAGGCUGGACGUGGUGGCAGUGAUGCUCUGAUCUAUGACUCACCUCUUGCUGGCGUGAAGAAGACCUUCACUUACUCGGAGCUUCAGAGGGAGGUCAGUAGAACUGCUGGUGCACUUGCCAAGCUGGGCAUCGGCAAGGGCGACCGAGUUGUGAUCUACAUGCCCAUGAUCCCAGAGGCAGUGUUCGCAAUGUUGGCCUGUGCCCGCCUCGGCGCGCCGCACUCCGUAGUCUUCGGGGGCUUUGCCGGGCCAGAGUUGGCCACUCGCCUGGAGGACUUCCAGCCCAAGGCCAUCAUCUGGUCUUCCUGUGGGCUGGAGCCCAAAGGACCUGUGGAGUAUCAGCCUAUGAUCAAGGAGGCUUUGGAGCUGGUGGAAAUGACUCCCUCGGUCCGAAUCUGCAAACAGCGGCCCGAAGCAGCGGCUAUUUUGGAUGGAGACCUGGACUGGGAUGAGGCCCUGGCAGCUGCAGAAGAAGUAGCCUGCGAACAAGUGGAUGCAACUGAUCCGCUGUACAUGUUAUACACUUCUGGCUCUACCGGUAAACCCAAAGGUGUCUUGCGAGACACUGGAGGAUACGCAGAGCCUUGGCUGUCAGGGGGGGGGGUGUCGUGCGCACCGGAGCUGAACGGGCUACGCCAGGUGGCCUUGAAAGCGUCGAUGGCACAAUUCAUGAACAUGGCUCCGGGUGAAGCAUACUGGGCAGCUUCAGACAUUGGCUGGGUCGUAGGCCACUCAUACAUCGUUUAUGGGCCUUUGCUCCAGGGAUGCGCCACCGUCUUGUAUGAAGGCAAGCCUAUCGGCACACCAGAUGCGGGUGCCUUCUGGCGAGUGGUCGAGGAAUAUCAGGUCCGAGCCUUGUUCCUCGCACCAACAGCUCUUCGAGCUAUCCGACGUGUGGACCCUGAUGGCGCGCUCGUUCGAAAGUACAACUUGUCUUGCCUUCGAUCCCUGUUCGUUGCCGGUGAGAGAAGCGAUCCGGAAACGAGCCGUUUCUAUGCGUCGAUACUGAAUGUUGGCUACUACGACAACUGGUGGCAGACAGAAACAGGGCACCCAAUCUGCGGCCUGCAAGAGGAUUCGGUUGGACGAAAGGACGGUAGCGCCGGCUUACCGCUAUUCGGCUACGAUGUUGCCGUUUUCGAUGAGCGCGGGCACAUCAUGGAAGAGCCCAACCACGCUGGCCACCUGGUUGUCAAGUUGCCUUUGCCGCCUGGGACGUUUCCGGGCCUGUGGAACAAUGACGAAGGUUUUCUGAAAAGCUACCUGGAAGAGUUUCCCGGUUAUUACAACAGCGGCGAUUCCGGUGUAAUCGACGACCAUGGAUACGUCAGCGUCCUGGAACGCAUCCUGGUCGGCAUUACCCAUUCCGAGUGA